AUGGCCCCCAGUUUCAUUGCUAUGUCCUCCGUAUCUCUUGGUUUGAAAGCAGAAGAUAUUCCUUCGCGUGCGAUUUACAGCAGUAAAGGCGAGAUGCAGACCAGUUUGAAUACACCUGGCGAGGAGGAGACGGAGAAGCCAAAAAUUCUUCCCUUUAGUGUCGAGGCGCUGAUGGCGGACAGGAAACCGAGCAGAGGAGACUUGACAGCCACUGCUGAGGGAUCUGUCGCGGGGACGUCACAUGCACCAAGCUCGAGAAUGGGCUCGCUCACAAGCCCAGACACUGCCGUCUCCCCUUUGGCCCUCGGUUCGUCUUUCUCUGUAGGAGGAAUAAUGAAAGUGCAGCCCGAUGACGCGUUAGUGAAAGCAGAGAGCCCAGAAAGACAAGAACGGAGCUCAUGGAUCCAGAAUCCUCGUUUCUCCCCAACACCUCCAAGACGGCUCAGUCCCCCGGCUUGCCCGCUGAGAAAACAUAAAACCAACCGAAAACCUCGGACCCCCUUCACCACCUCUCAGCUCCUUGCUCUGGAGAGGAAGUUCCGUCAGAAGCAGUACCUGUCAAUCGCAGAGCGUGCAGAGUUCUCGAGCUCGCUUAACCUGACAGAGACUCAGGUGAAAAUCUGGUUCCAGAACCGGCGCGCCAAAGCCAAACGGCUCCAAGAGGCGGAGCUGGAGAAACUGAAAAUGGCUGCUAAGCCCAUGCUGCCCCCGGCCUUCGGGAUAUCAUUUCCACUCGGGGCCCACGUCCCAGCGUCCUAUGGAGGGUCACAUCCCUUCCAGAGACAUUCCAUGCCCGUGCCUCCAGUGGGACUGUAUGCCGCGCACGUGGGAUACAGCAUGUAUCACCUGGCAUGA